CAACUUCCUCCUGCCUCUCCCCUCCCUCGCUUCCAAGGCUCCGAGUGAGGUAAUGGAGAACUCCCCGCCCGCCUCCGUUGUCCAGCCUCUAUAAAUACGCAGCAAGGUCCGUGAGUAAACAAGGCAAACCCAAAGCCGAAGCCACCGGCGGAUUAACCCCACCAAGAAGCGCGAGGCAGAGCCAUGGGCAAGAUCAAGAUGCCGGUGCCCUCCCUGUUCCGCCUCGGCCGUCGCUCCAAGUCGCCGCCGCCGGAGAAGGCUGAGCCGGUGUCGUUGGGUGGGUCCCCACCGCGGACGGCGGAGGAGGAGAUGGAGCGGGUGUUCCGCAAGUUCGACGCCAACGGCGACGGCCGGAUCUCGCGGUCCGAGCUCGCGGCCCUGUUCGAGAGCCUGGGCCACGCCGCCUCCGACGACGAGGUGGCGCGCAUGAUGGCCGAGGCGGACGGCGACGGCGACGGCUUCAUCAGCCUCGACGAGUUCGCGGCCCUCAACACAACCGUCGCGGGAGACACGGCCGCCGUCGAGGAGGACCUCCGCCACGCCUUCCGGGUGUUCGACGCCGACGGUAACGGCACCAUCUCCGCCGCCGAGCUCGCGCGCGUGCUCCGCGGCCUCGGCGAGUCGGCCUCCGUCGCGCAGUGCCGACGCAUGAUCGAGGGCGUCGACCAGAACGGCGACGGGCUCAUCUCCUUCGAGGAGUUCAAGGUCAUGAUGGCGGGCGGCGGCGGCUUCACCAAGAUCGCAUAACCCUGUCCCAUAGGUUCCACCUUGACCUUCUCUAUUAGAGCGUGCCGCGUGCGAUGAAAAUUAACUGUAUAUACAUCAAUUAAAGGAUUACUAGCACUGUAUUCUUUCUACUAAAUAUUGCGAAUCACGAGCAUCUAUUGGAAAUUAGGGGCUGAAAAGCAGUGGUUCAGGGUUAUUCUAAGUCUAUUGCUCUGAUGCGCUUCUUGUUGUAGAGAUGCUUAUGCUCCUUCAAUUUGUGAGGCGAAAACGAUUGGAAUAUUUGAAUUCUUGUUUCUAUUGUUCGGAA